GGCUGCUAUAGGUGUUAAUGAACGCUCGUGUUGGAAUCGCUCUUGUUUAGGUUCUCACUUGGUGGAAUAAAACUCGAUUGUAAAUUUAAGUCAGCCACAUAUACAAUUACAUAAAAUAUAAGCUCUCUGGUGAAGCGACGAAAAAAUUUAAUCCUAACUUUGUUCUACAGAAUUAAUCAACUGGAUCAUUCUGAAAAAAUAGUGGCUCAAGCACAACGAAAGACGGACGUCAUCUUAGCGAUCAGAUCAUUCCAUAAAUUUAUUAUUAUCUGGAUAAACAAGAUAAAGGAAACUCGCAACAUAUAAUUCGAGCAAGAAUUUCGAGACACGACUGCCAGAGAUGUCGCAAGCCGUGAAUAACGUGCGAGCAGCAGCGGCUUCGGUGGUGUUUCUUCUGGCUCUCCAAGAGGUCCUGUCGAAACCAACGCACGAGAACAGCACCGUUCAGUGCAAAAAAUACGUGCACACCAUAUACUUCGUUUGUCAUGUCACGGUGUUCCAUCUGGGCGAGCUUCCUGCAGUGGAGGAGCUGGACAACAACGAGCGGUCUCGCCGCGCCCUGCAGCCGCUGCUAUGCCCAUGUCCUCCGGGCACUUUGUCGUGGCUGUGUCCCUCCGCCGUCUACGAGGCCCUCGAGCACUUCCAGCACAACGCGCUGUGCGACGUUCAUAGCCUCAAUAAUAACUCUACUGAUGGCAUAAACGUGGUAGAGAAUGCGUUGGAAAUAUGAUCUAAAAAUAUAGAGGUUUUUCAAAAUUGAUGCAACGCCAGCUCCUAAUUUGUUUACAACUUCUUAAUCAAACAAGUCCAAUAAGUAGAAAAACUGGUGCAUUAGAUACGUCAGUAAUAACUCAAGAUAAAAAAAGUAAAAAUUCCAGAUCAAGAAAAUUGGCACUACAUCAUCUUGUUACGAAUUAAUUACUCUAGGAACAACUGCAACGUCCCAACCAUGGGGAUACCUCAACUAACUAAUGUUAAGGACACGAAGAUCUGAGAUAAACAGCGAUACAAUUCAGGAGCUUCAAGCAAAGAUCUCCAAAUAGGCUGGAGCUCCGAAACCUAUUACUUACUGAACAUUAGUUUUUACGCAUAGUGAUUUCUAAAACUAAUUAGAAUCCCGCAUGAAACCUAGAACACCGAGGUUAAAUUCUCGCUGAUUAUUAUUCUACAAAGCAUUUAUCGUGGCGUCUGGUUCAAACGAACUUCGA